AUGAUCAUUCGGAUGAUUGCUGAGGUUUUAAACGCCAAUAAAGAGACCGUCAGAAAAAUUUUACACAACGAAUUGAACAUGAAGAAAGUCUGUGCGAAGUUGGUCCCAAAAUAUUUGACUCCUGAUCAAAAACUCGUCCGUCAACAGAUUUGCUCAGACAUUCUUGAGAGGUUAGAAGAAGAGCCUGAAUUGAUAGAAAACAUCAUCACCUGCGACUUUUACUUGUUUCCGAAGAUCAAGUCUGCCUUAAAAGGAACCCGGUUCGAGUUGAUGGAAGAAGUGAAACGAAAAUCAGCGGAACUCCUGAAUGAUCUUACAAAAACAAACUUCCAGCACUGCUUCGAGCAAUGGAAGAAACGAAUGAAAUGGUGUGUGGAGAGGGGAGGAGAGUAUAUUGAAGGGGAACAUUUGUUGUGGAAUAAUUUUUAA